CUUUCAACAUCGCCCCGGAUCAUUCCAUUACUCAGUCGAAAAUGAAGGCUUGCACAAUCCUGUUCGAGUUUCUCGUGCUGCUAAAAAUCGUAAAUAUCGACGCGCAAACUUGCGACCAAAUAAAAUACACAACAAUCAACGACAUUCGUCGCAGCACGAAGUUUAAAGUUAAACCAAGCUCCAAAAUAUGCGAUCGCAAUUUCAUCAAAGACGACAACUGGUAUCGAUUUGACAGUGUGGCUGGUAAUACAAUACCAGACCACAAUCCUACGCGUGGUUUCUGUGGUACGUUCGUUCCAAUUUGGUUUAAAGGCACUCAUCCAACACAAAAUAACGUUGUGACGAACGCCAAAGCCUGUGCCGCCGUACCGUUUUUGAGACCAGAAGGAUGUGGUAUUUCUUACAAUAUUAAAGUAAUAAAAUGUGGUUCGUUUUUCCUGUAUCGUUUGAAAGAACCACAGCAAUGUGAUUUUGCUUACUGUGCUGGCACCAAGUUACCAAACGCUCCAUGUUCAGUCACUGGAGAAACACUUCCUGUUUGCCCUGGGGCGAUACCACGUGUUGUUGUCGGCGCUGGCAUAAAGCACGAGGAUACUCAAGAAGUCAGACUAAAAUGCUUCUGGGAAAGUCCUGGAAACCUGUCGAAUAUCGAGUAUGAAGCUCGAUGGUUUGGAGACAUUUCGCAUCCGGAGCCUAAAAUUCAGAGAAAUUUCACCGGGUCGGAGGUUCCGGAAUUCUUGUUCCAACCAAAAAUCACGAACGACAAAAACGGUUAUGAAUUUCAUAAGAACGUCUAUUGUUCAGUCCGGGCUCGUUUUAAGACGGGCAGUUGGUCAAAAUGGGUUUCGAGCAACCGAAUUUACACAGGAAUGGAGGUAACUCCGACAUAUAUUCCAAUCAAUGAUUGUGGCGAAAGUGAUCGUGAAGUUAUCAUCACCAUAAGACCUCAUCUUCCAAUACGCGUGAGACCUGUUAAGAUCGAUAUUGCUUCACCAACGACGAAAUUGAUCGAUGAAAUAUGCGUUGUCGGUGAAAAAGAGGGAUUUCAGGAUUGUGGGAUCGUUUUUGAGACGGGCCACCGUGUUGGGAGACCGAUAAGGUUCAAAUUGAUGACGAAUUGUGGGACGGGUGACAAGUCGAAGACUCUGGCCGCUACGUACAAACUGCAGCAUAGUUUCUUUGAUUUCAACAUCAAUAGAUUUUGGGUGAACCAUGCGUUUCCAACGAUUAAGAUUAGUAGAAAAAAGUACAAAAAGCAACAAUGUCGGUCCACAGGAGAUCCACACUUUCAGACAUUUGACGGCAGGCGAUACGAUUUUUUUGGUAGAGGAACGUUUUUAUUAUAUGGAAAUAAACAUUACGGAACAGAGAUUCACGUACGGCAAAGAGCGUGUAAUGGUGGAACUCCAAGCUGUAAUUGUGGUGUCGCCAUCAGAGAAAAUCUAUUCUACAAGAUCUAUGACAUGUGCUACGUAACUCCUGGUCGUCCUUGGUGGGAAAACAACGUCAGGUCCCGUCUUAGAACUCAUCAACUUCGCGACUUCAAACUCAGCAGAUUUUAUUCGGCAAUCACCCAAAAAGGCUCAACAACAAAGUUCGAGAUCACUUUGCCGUCUGGUGUGAAAGUUAUCGUGGAUCGUCAAAGCUGGGGGCUAAAUAUUUACGUUUGGGCACCUGCUGAUCUUGAACAUCCGAGCGAAGGUUUGUGUGGCAAUAAUAAUGAAAAUUCCAAUGAUGAUUUCGGGCAAUGGAACUCUCCGAAUCAAUUUGGAGAACAUUGGAGAGUCCGCAGUCAUCUCACUCAGUUUGAUUACAAGGGGAAUAAAUUUGAAGAAGAUCAACUAGAUGAUGGCUGCGACCAAAAGAUAUGUGUUUGCUCUCAAGGAGGCAUCAGACGAUGUGGUCGUGAAGCGGAAGCAAUCUGUUUUCCAGAUCUUGGCGGGAAAGACGCGAGAAGACACCAUCAAGGAUCAGGCAUUGGAGAGUGUCCAAAUCGUCCUAAGCGGGCGUUGAUGCUGGAUGAUGACACAGUGGACGAUCAAGACGCCAUCCCAUCAUUUAAUCCAACAGUAACCAGGGUUAAUUUAACACUGACGUGGCCGACACCUUCAGGGAUAACUAAGGAUAAUGUCACACAGUUUUGCGAGAAAAAAUUGCGUUACUCCAAAGCUGGGGCUGCCUGUGGACAAGUUGAAGGGGUAGAUGUGGAUGGUUUGGUACAACAGUGUAUAACUGAUAUACAGGCGACUGAAGAUUUCUCGUGGGCAGCAGGCAACUUUGCGGCGUUGGAAACAUCUUGCAUUGCAAAUAUUUUCAACAAUAUUUCGUCGUUCAAGAACACAACUGACGGAAGUAUUGAACUGGAUACAGACAUCCUCACAUCGCUUUGUCCAAAUGACUGCUCAGACAAGGGAGAUUGCGUUAAUUCAACGUGCAUUUGCCACAAAGAUUACACCGCUGCAGAUUGUUCAAUCUCAUUGAAAGACAGUCCACUCGUCUUUGAUAUCCGCAAGUCAGGAUUGUGUGACAGACGGCGAAGACCAUGUCGGACUGUUGGUGUGUUUGGUUUCCCGUUGUUGGACUCAGAGAAGCUUACCUGCCAUGUCCAAGAAUAUAAGGUCAUAGACUCAGUAUGGAAACCCAGCAAUUCAAGGACCUUAUACCCAGGGCAACUGGUUGAUCUCACUGAAGUGAAAUGUUCACUGCCAGAAUCCCCAGUAAAUAUCGGUGAUUAUGGCAACGAUGGUGUAACAGCCGCAGGACUAAAGAUUGCGAUUUCAAACAACCGUAUCAACGCCUCCAAAGACUCCGUGUUAUUUAUAACGUAUGAUUCUGUGUGUCAAGAGUGCAACACGACUGUAGGCUGUCAUCUUCGAGCUGAUGCUUGCAUCAUAUCUGGUCAUUGCUUCGCUAUGAACGACAGUAACCCACGUGAUUGGUGUCAACAAUGUUUGCCAGAAUCAUCGACAACUUCAUGGUCAAAACGCAAAGAUAACAGACCACCAAUUUUAACAUCGUCCAGUGUGUUUUAUGCCUUUAAAGGCAAAGAGCUUCGCGUACAAUUGAGCGCUGACGAUCCAGAGAAUCGCACAGUCCAGUACAGCUUUGCACAAAGCAAAAAAUUUGGAGCUACUUUGUCUAAAAACGGAUCAUUCACCUGGACUAAAAACGACAUAGGAACCACGGCGUUUGUCUUUAAUGUUACCGACGAAUGUGGAGCCUAUUCUACUCUUAAUGUAUCUGUAGUAUUGAAGGACUGUCCCUGCGUGAAUUCAGGUGAAUGUCAUCCAGACUAUCGUUAUCUCGAUGGAGCUGGGAAUUUCACGUGUUCCUGUCCUGCUGAGUAUACGGGUGACCUGUGUGAAGAUGACGUUGACGAGUGCGCAGCUUCAAAUCCUUGUCAUAAUGGAAGUUGUGUUAAUGAAAAACCUGGCUUCUCCUGUUCCUGCUUUCAAGGAUACACUAGUCACCUUUGUCAGACUGAGAUAAACGAGUGCGAAUCAGACCCUUGUUUCCCAGAUGUCAAUUGUACGGACCAAAUCGCUAGUUUUAGCUGUGGUCCGUGCCCCCCUGGAUAUACUGGCGAUGGAAAGUAUAACUGUAGCAGAAUUGAUGGCAAGGUAGACGAAUGCAUAGAAAAUCCCAAAGUUUGUCACAACAACGCCAGUUGUAAGUUUUACAAUGGAUCGUACCAGUGUAGGUGUAUUGAUGGGUACACUGGAGAUGGCGAGCAUUGUACAGAUGUGAACGAGUGUAAGGGACACCCCUGUCUUAAGCAUGCCACUUGCAUCAAUACCAAAGGAAGCUACUUCUGUGUCUGCGCGAAAGGUUUUACUGGUGAUGGUGGAAAUAACUGCUCUGAUAUCAAUGAAUGUGCGCAUACUCCAGACGUGUGUAAUCCUCAGGCCAAUUGUAGAAAUUCUCCGGGCUCGUUCUUCUGCCAUUGCAAGACAGGAUUCACUGGAAACGGUACAAAUUGUACAGACAUUAACGAGUGCCAACAAAAUUCUUCCGUCUGCCACUAUCUGGCUGCCUGUGGCAACGUUCCUGGUUCGUUUUCAUGUCAUUGUAAUGAUGGCUUCACUGGAGAUGGAAAGAUGAACUGUACAGACAUCGACGAGUGUCAACAAUCUCCUUUCGUCUGUCAUUCUCUUGCCUUAUGUUCAAAUGUGAGAGGCUCUUUUGAAUGCCAGUGCAAAAAUGGUUUCACUGGAGAUGGAAAGACGAAUUGUUCUGACAUAGAUGAAUGCACUCAGUCUCCUUGUCAUGAGCACGCGAGAUGUAACAAUACAAUGCCCGGAUAUGUUUGUGAAUGCAGCCAGGGAUAUUUAGGAGAUGGUAAAAACUGUACAGAGAACAAACCACCUCAAUUUUCGAUGCCAAAUACGAUACUUGGAAUGUACGAAGAGUCUUUGCGAAUUCAUAUCAAGGCAAAGGACCCUGAGGGUGAAGAAAUCACCUUUAAUUUGUUGGAGAAUGGAACAAUAGGCCUAAGUUCAGCUUCCAUCACAAAAGAUGGACGCAUGGAUAUAUCGCUAAGUGGAAAGAACGGAACGGUCUAUGUUCAAGUAGAAGACGUGUUGGGAGGAAGGAACGUGCUAAUUCUUCACGUGAAUGCCAUGCAAUGCCCAUGUGAACACGGUGGUAAAUGUUACCAAAAGAAAAGCGUUGAAUAUCCAACGGCACCAUCAGAUUAUCUCUGUGAAUGCAAGGCUCCGUUCUCAGGAAACUUGUGCGAAAUUCGUCCAAAUCCAUGCGAUGAACGGCCAUGUUAUUUAGGUCUCGCGUGCUCACCCGUUCAGAAUUCCGAAGGAUUCACUUGUGAAACUUGCCCGCCUUUAUUCAAAGGAGAUGGGAAAACCUGUGAACUUGAUACUACCAAAGAAAAAAAUUCUGUGGACUCCUCAAUUAAACUCACGAACCAACAAUGGAAUGAAAAAUUGGCAAAGAAAACAUCGAAAGAAUAUAAAAAUCUCGUUUCUCGACUUAUUGCGGAGAUCAGAGAUAUCUACAAACAACUUCCCGGAUUUAGUUUUGUCUUAGUUAAAGAGCUCAGGCAAGGCAGUGUGAUCGUUGAUUUACAGAUAAUAUUUACGAAGAAAGUGGACAAUCCUCUUGAACCCUUGGAAAAAGUGGCAAAAACUGGAAAACUGGGAAAUAUGACUUUUGAAAUUCAACAUGUAGAUGAUAAAGAUGACUCAUUGAGGGAAGACAAGAUCCUUGGCUUGGACCAAACUAUUUUCAUUGUUAUUGUUGCUGUUGCUUUGGUCGUAUUCAUCAUUAUCACAAUCAUUAUCUGCUCAAAAAAAUGUCAUCGAAAAACACCCAAGUUAAUUAAAUAUCUACCUAGCAUAAUCACAGGCUGGCAUAAUAGGGCCAGGAAUAUAACAGAAGCAGAAAAUCCAGAAGGAGAAGAAAUGGAUUUGGAAGAGAUUCGUAAUGAAAAGGUGUGCACAAAAGAGGAGAUAAAACUGAACUGAUUGUUGUGCAUUGUAAACGGCCACCAUAAUGUAGUAUUGUUCUCAGAUCGCACUUCUGCAACACUAAAGUUUGAAUAAUGUUUCCUAAUUUGACUUUACAGUAAUAAAUGACAUAGGUUUGGUGUCGAAAUGAGCUGAAUAUAUAUUAUAACCAGGUAUUUUAAUAUUCAGACAAUUAUAUUUUACUUAAUAGCAAGCUACUUCAGUUAUGAUGAUAGUAAUACCAUAUGACUACAGUAUAUCCAAUGAUGUCCCAAAACUUUAGCUUUUAUGGAGCUUAACUUCAAUUUAUGCAGUACUUGAUAUAUGCAUGUACAUGCUAAAUAAGUCUAUAAAUCCAUAAAUCCAUUAUAUGUAUCUAAUGU